AUGAAUGCUGGGGUUCGUCUUACUAAGCGCAAGAUCAUCCUUCUUGUGUUUGCAAACUUUAUACUUUUGAUAUUUAUGUUGUUCUACAUGGAAACUAUCCCUGCGGAGCAUGUUAAGACCGUGACAGAUGGGUUACGCAGUGGGUUGUCCAAGAUUGAGUUCAAUUACCUUCUGUCUCAACCUGAAGUUGUAGAUGAAGGUCAAUACACUGGAAGUUCGUUGAACAAGGCAGGUUUCCAGCUCGAAAAGGGAAAGGUUGAGUUCAAGUACUUGGGUAAUGGAGGGGACACGAAACAGACACCCGAAGACGCUUUGAGAGAUAACCAGCAUCUCUACGAGUCCACGCUUAAGGUGGAAGUUAAGGAGCCUAAGGAUUUCGAUAUGGAGUCGAUUAGACCGCCAAAAGACUUGGAAACUUACGUGAGAGCCAACGCUACGAUCCUUUCGCUUGUCCGUGAACAGGAAGCCAACAAAAUCAAGAAGACCAUCCAGAGAUUGGAAGCCAAGUUCAAUUCCAAGUUCCAGUACCCUUACACUUUCAUCAAUGACCAGCCAUUCAGCGAAAAGUUCAAAGAGAAAAUGAGGGGCUUGUCUAAAGCCAAGAUGGAGUUCGUCACCAUCUCAGAGAAGCUCUGGGACAAGCCAGAUUGGAUUGACCAUGAAAAGGAGAGCAAAGCUAUGCAAGUGAUGCAUGAUCACAACGUUGCGUACGCCAAGUUGGCAAGUUAUCAUAACAUGUGUAGGUUUUAUCUGGGUAAUUUCUAUAACGUGCCUGAAUUACAAAAAUACAAGUACUACUGGAGAAUUGAACCCAACGUGGACUUCUAUACCGAUGUUAACUACGACAUCUUCAAGUAUAUGAGUGAAAAGAAAAAGAAGUACGGAUUCACCAUCAAUUUGUAUGACAUUGAUGAAUCUAUUGCUAGUUUGUGGCCAGAAACGAUGAAAUUUUUGAACAAGGGCGACAAUUAUAAGUAUGUCAAUCCAAAUGGUGCCUUCCAAUGGCUCCUCUAUGACGAGCAGCAGCCGAUCAAGGCCCAGGUGGCAGGAGGCUAUUCUACCUGCCACUUUUGGUCCAAUUUCGAAAUCGCUGACAUGGAUUUCUUCAGACUGGAACCCUAUAACGAAUGGUUUAAACAUUUAGACUCUACAGGAAAGUUUUACUAUGAGAGGUGGGGUGAUGCUCCAGUCCAUUCAAUUGGUGUGGCACUUUUUGCAGAUUUGGAAAAGGACGUACACUGGUUCCAAGAUAUCGGAUACUUCCACGAUCCUUACUUCAACUGUCCAAACAGCCCCUUGGUAGAAGGUUGCACUCCGGCAAAGUUUAGUUUAUGGGAGAACUUGAACGACCAAAACUGUAUGGGAACGUGGAUCAAGCAAUAUGGACAUAAGCUGGAGGGUGUGUAUUAG